UAUUUGAUGUGGUGCAGGGUGCCAGGCCCAAAAAAAACCCUCCACCAGUGCGUUCUGCAUGUGGUUGGCGGGAGACCUCAGCAAAGGCCAGACCCCUGAGAUUCUCCUUUACAGCAUAACCUGCAGACGUCUGGAGACCAAGCAUGGGCAGAGGGUGGGGUGCUGAGAGUGGAGGGAAGAGGAAGAAAAAGGAUAGGGACUUGGAUGAGCUGAAGAAGGAGGUGGCCUUGGAUGACCAUAGAAUAUCUGUGGAUGAAGUGGGAAAGCGCUAUGGAGUGGACCUGACACGGGGCAUGACCAAUGCCAGAGCUGCAGAGAUUCUGGCUAGGGACGGUCCGAACACUCUGACUCCUCCCGCCACAACCCCGGAGUGGAUCAAGUUCUGCCGUCAGCUGUUCGGUGGCUUCUCCAUGCUGCUGUGGAUCGGUGCUAUCCUCUGCUUCCUGGCCUACAGCAUCCAGGCGGGACUGGAGGAUGAGCCGGCCAAUGAUAAUCUCUAUCUGGGAGUGGUGCUGGCUGCCGUGGUGAUCAUCACCGGUUGUUUCUCCUACUUCCAAGAGGCUAAGAGUUCUCGAAUCAUGGACUCAUUCAAGAAAAUGGUGCCACAGCAAGCGAUGGUUAUUCGUGAAGGGGAGAAAAUGCAGAUCAACGCAGAAUUUGUGGUGCUGGGAGACCUGGUGGAAGUUAAAGGGGGAGACCGGGUUCCUGCUGACCUUCGGAUUAUAUCUUCCAGCGGCUGCAAGGUGGACAACUCGUCUCUGACAGGAGAAUCUGAGCCUCAGACUCGCUCCCCUGAGUUAACCCAUGACAAUCCUCUGGAGACGCGCAACAUCUGUUUCUUUUCCACCAACUGUGUUGAGGGCACUGCUCGUGGCAUUGUGAUAGCCACCGGGGACCGAACUGUGAUGGGUCGCAUUGCCACCCUGGCGUCUGAACUGGAGGUGCGACAGACCCCCAUCAGCAUUGAAAUUGAACAUUUCAUCCAUAUCAUCACCGGUGUGGCGGUUUUCUUGGGUGUGAGCUUCUUCAUCCUUUCCCUUAUCCUGGGUUACACCUGGCUCGAGGCUGUCAUCUUCCUCAUCGGCAUCAUAGUAGCCAACGUGCCUGAGGGCCUGCUGGCUACCGUUACGGUGUGCCUGACUCUUACUGCCAAACGAAUGGCCAAGAAGAACUGCCUGGUGAAGAACCUGGAGGCCGUGGAGACUCUCGGCUCCACCUCCACCAUCUGCUCCGACAAGACGGGCACACUGACCCAGAACCGCAUGACCGUGGCCCACAUGUGGUUUGACAAUCAGAUCCACGAGGCAGACACUACUGAGGACCAAAGUGGUUUUGGUUUUGACAAGACCUCUGGUACUUGGGCCUCUCUGUCUCGCGUGGCUGGUCUGUGCAACAGAGCCGUGUUCAAACUCGGACAGGAGGAGCUCCCCAUCAUGAUGAGGGACACAGCGGGGGACGCGUCAGAGUCGGCCCUGUUGAAAUGCAUCGAGCUGUGUUCUGGGAGUGUUCGUGACUUGAGAGACAGAAACCCCAAAGUGGCUGAGAUCCCCUUCAAUUCCACCAACAAGUACCAGCUCUCCAUCCAUGAAGUGGAGGACAAUCCCUCUGGUCAUCUGCUGGUGAUGAAGGGUGCACCAGAGAGAAUCUUGGACAGGUGCAGUACAAUCAUGAUACAUGGCCAGGAGCAACCUCUUGAUGAAAGCUGGAAAGAAGCCUUCCAGAAUGCCUACCUGGAUCUGGGCGGACUGGGAGAGAGAGUGCUCGGAUUCUGCCACUUGAAUCUCUCUUCAUCCCAGUUUCCUCGAGGAUUCAAUUUCGACUGUGACGAGACAAACUUCCCCACAGAGCAGCUCUGCUUUCUGGGUCUCAUCUCCAUGAUUGAUCCGCCGCGUGCCGCUGUGCCCGAUGCUGUGGGUAAAUGCCGCUCUGCUGGCAUCAAGGUAAUUAUGGUAACUGGAGACCACCCUAUUACGGCCAAGGCCAUCGCUAAAGGGGUGGGCAUCAUCUCUGAGGGCACCGAGACGGUUGAGGAUAUCGCUCAGAGACUGAACAUCCCUCUGUGCCAGGUUAACCCCAGGGAUGCAAAGGCUUGCGUGGUGCACGGUUCAGACUUAAAGGACAUGAGCACCGAGUACCUGGACGACCUGCUAAGGAACCACACUGAGAUUGUUUUCGCUCGCACCUCUCCUCAGCAGAAGCUCAUCAUCGUGGAGGGCUGCCAGAGACAGGGGGCAAUCGUGGCCGUGACGGGGGAUGGAGUGAACGACUCUCCGGCUUUAAAGAAGGCAGACAUCGGCGUUGCCAUGGGGAUUGCCGGUUCUGAUGUGUCCAAGCAGGCAGCUGACAUGAUCCUGCUGGAUGACAACUUUGCCUCCAUCGUUACAGGAGUGGAGGAGGGUCGUCUCAUCUUUGAUAACUUAAAGAAGUCCAUCGCUUACACCUUGACCAGCAACAUCCCAGAGAUCUCCCCCUUCCUCGUGUUCAUUAUCGCUAGCGUUCCUCUUCCUCUGGGAACCGUCACCAUUCUCUGCAUCGACCUGGGAACUGACAUGGUGAACAUCAUGAAGCGGCAACCAAGAAAUCCGAAAACAGACAAGCUGGUCAACGAGCGCCUCAUCAGCAUGGCAUACGGACAGAUAGGUAUGAUGCAGGCUCUCGCUGGUUUUUUCACUUACUUUGUGAUUUUGGCUGAAAACGGCUUCCACCCAAAAGACCUGCUGGGCAUUCGCAUCAACUGGGAUGACCGUGAAUUUAAUGACCUGGAGGACAGCUAUGGGCAGCAGUGGACUUAUGAACAGAGGAAGAUUAUUGAAUUCACCUGCCACACAUCCUUCUUUGUCAGCAUUGUGGUUGUCCAGUGGGCUGAUCUCAUUAUCUGCAAGACCAGGAGGAAUUCCCUCUUCCAACAAGGCAUGAAGAACAGGAUCCUGAUCUUUGGCCUGUUUGUAGAGACAGCCCUGGCUGCCUUCCUCUCUUACUGCCCUGGAAUGGACGUGGCCCUGCGCAUGUACCCCUUGAAGAUCCUCUGGUGGUUCUGUGCCUUCCCGUACAGCCUGCUCAUAUUUGUUUAUGAUGAAGUCCGUAAAUACAUUCUUCGGAGGAGCCCAGGAGGUUGGGUGGAGCAGGAGACGUAUUAUUAACAUUCAGAAAAUGUCAGUUUGCAUUGUAUGCGUAUGUGUGUGUUUUACUUCUGGGCUUUGUGAAUGUGAAACUGCGUGUGUGUCUGUCAGAUGUAAUAUUGCAUGGAUCAGUUCACAAAUCUGAUUAUCAUAAAAUACUGCUGAAAAUAGGAUUGUGAGUUUUUCUCCUGUUUUAUCAUAAAACAUCCAGAGCAGGAUGAAGUUCUUGUACACUUUUUUGCCUUCUUCGACUCUUACUAUAGUGAUGUAUUUUUGGUAGAAACCAUUAUGGCAAAGAAUUUUCAUGGAUGGAAAGUUUUAAAAUAAAAUGUCUUAC